AUGCUGUGUCUUCUAUUUUUAAUGGUAUUUCGAGUGGUCGGGAUUAAGACGCCUGGCAGCUGCAGUGGUGGACAAUUUUACGAUUCAAACACAAUGGAGUGUAGAUCUUGCAAUGCUAAUGUUUCGAUGGUUCCAGCACUUGACGGAUUCGGUUGUACUUGCGCAGCUGAUAGUAUACCAAAGGGUAUAUCAAGUUGCAAGCAAUGCAACGCAACUGAACUAAUAUCGGCUGAUGGCACUACUUGCGUGCCUCGACGUUGCCAGAAGUCCGGUAGUCGAGUUGUAUGCAGGAGAUGUCCUAACGACUACAUAGCUGUGACUCAGAACUUCGACGGAUCACCGAUGAAAGAAGUGACAUGUUUCAAAUGCCACCGCGGCUAUAAAGUGGCGAAUAAUAAAUGCGUAAAAUGCGAAGAAUGCGCAUGUGCCCGCUACGAAGUGGCCGUGAGCGGCAAGUGUUUGCCAAAGAAGUACGUGAUGGAGCGCCCCAAAUAUAGUGAGAAUAAGUUACAUCCGUCUGCGCUACUGGAUAUUGUUAAGUUGGAAUACUUGUGCACUCAAUCCGACAUUCGCGCCUGCCAUGCGUUAUCAAGAGAAUGUGUGAGAUACUACUAUCCCAGCGAUUUAGCGGGCCCUUGCCGCAUUUGGAUUCAACAAAAUCUGACUAAGCUUGCAGAUCUUCCACAGCUGAAUUUGGACUACAAAAACAAGAACAACAUAAUCAACUUGAAGCAUGGACAGGAUACAUUAUUAAUAGGUACAGCGUCUUAUUCUCCCUCGGGAGCGCUGAAGUUACUCGGAGACGAAAAACAAAGUAUAUUCCCAUGUCUUCCACCGUUGAAUAUCAGAGUUGGGCAAAGAUGUAGUUUCAAGUGUACAAAGAAUAUAACUGAUAUUGAUUGGGCUAAUGGCAAAAUUUAUGAGCUGUAUCUACCAAGCAAUACUUAUAAGCCGCUGCCGAUAAAAAUUUAUAAGCCUGAUAGCAAUUCCGUCCAGAAAGCAUCUUGGCCUACAUCGAAGUUUAGUAGAUUUUUCUUAAUUGAUAAUAUUCUCUCUACAGCAACAAACAUGACUACGGUGCGAUAUUUGAGUAAACUCAUCGUAACUUUACAGAUAGAAAGAAAGUCAAUCAACUCCUUAACAUUAAAUAUUCGGACUGAAGUAUUCUAUGCUAUUAAAUCUCCACUAUCAGAUGUAAUAACUACCCAGCUGAUUGUGGAAAAUGAGAUGCCAUCCGCCGGAGUGCUACGCGGAAUAGAAAUUUGGGGAGGAAUCCUCAGUGCCUUGCUGUGCUUAUACGCACUUGUUCAGUGGCGCGCUGUCGUUCGUAGAGGUGGUCUGCAAGUCUCUAUAAUACCUCUGUUAGCAGCCGCUUUAGCUGAUGGACUUUAUUGCGCCACAUUCUUCUCAACUCUCCACGCUUUGGCCGGCGAAGCUGGAACGCUUGGAAUAACGUUACCUCUAUCUCAAAUAGAAGAAGAUGCGAUAAAAGCAAUUGUCUUUUCAGUGGUCGCUCUAAAGGCUAUCAAAGUAAUAUGGAUAAACAGAAACCAUUGCAACUGUGACAUAUUCUUCAUUGACUGGACUAUUUAUAAUCCCUCCAUCGCAGAUUCUUAUAAUACGAAGAGCAAAUGGAGAGCCAUACUGCUGGCUAAAGAAUGGAUGGAAUGCCAAACUAAGCGAAGAACCACGCCGUUAGCAACAAACAUAAGUGCUAUUUUGGUUAUAUAUGUUCUAGACAUGCACCAGUACAUUCCCAAAAGUGACGGUUACACUUGGGUCGUUGCCGUGAUAGUGUGGUGGUCGACAUAUAUCGCAAACUAUACAAUAAAAUGGGCGAUGUACCGAUUUGUAUCUCCUCCCACGGCUUUGUUGAAGGUCUGCAGAGGAGUAGAUAUAUCGCUACUGGUUUUCCAGGAAGAGUUUUACGCACACUAUGUCCACGGAAGAAAUGAAGAGAUUGACGGUACCAUGAAAGUACUAGGGCCCAUGGCGUCCUGUCGAAUUGUAUGUGCAACACAAGCACUAGAUGGAUUAAGCUGGGUGGCAAACGAACGUACACUAUUGGAGAAGUUACUCGAUGUGGAAUUAACAAACAGGGAGGGCAGUAACAUCAGUACUCUCUUGUACGAUAUUGAUGAUGAUACUCCGUCGUGUUUGGCAGUGACAUGGUGGGGCGAAGAGCACACGCUGGCAACAUUCGAAGCGAUGGUCUUCGGUUGUGUGUUGCUAGCAACAAGAGAAAUAUUAGUUGCUGCUUCGGUUACGAUUUUCGUUUGGCAAGCAAUGAAACAAGUGCGCCUUUGGUUCUCCUACCGAAAUCUUACCCAAAAAACCGGUAUCGAAAUAUAA